AUGGUGCGGUACACUUCUUCCAUUCUUUUGGCCUCGUUGGCCGCCACUUCCGUCUGGGCUGCCUCGUCCCCUCCUUCAUGCAGUACCAGCUCUCAGUGCCCCGAAGAGUAUCCUUGCUGCUCUCAAUAUGGACAGUGCGGUACUGGUGCUUACUGCUUGGGUGGUUGCGACCCCAUUUCGUCAUACUCUCUAGACUCUUGCGUUGGUGAGCCCGUGUGUCAGAGCAAGACCUACAAGUGGGACUCUCUCGAUAGUGCCGCGCUGAACACCAAAUACCUCGGAAAUGCGUCCGAAUACGACUGGGUCUACAGCGGCUACCCCAAGUUGGACGAUGGAAAUCUUCUCCUCACUAUGCCCAAGAACACCGUUGGUACCCUCUUUGCGAACAACCACUACGUCUGGUAUGGCAAGAUUUCCGGCAAAGUCAAGAGCAGCCGUGGUGCCGGUGUCGUCACGGCUUUCAUCCUGCUUUCGGACGUCAAGGACGAGAUCGACUUUGAGUGGAUUGGUGCGGAUCUGGCGAAUGUCCAGACCAACUAUUACUGGCAGGGUGUUCUGAACUACAACAACGGCGAUAAGGAUGCCGUCAACGGAAGUGAUACCUUCGAUGAUUGGCAUGAGUAUGAGAUCGACUGGAAGGAAGAUGCGAUUACCUGGUCUGUGGAUGGUCAGGUUAAGCGGACUCUCACCAAGGAAUCGACCUGGAACGAAACUGCCAAGCGCUACCAAUACCCCCAGUCCCCAUCCAGAAUGCAGCUUUCCCUGUGGCCCGCCGGCCAAGCCAGCAAUGCACCCGGAACCAUUGAGUGGGCUGGUGGCGAAAUCGAUUGGGACAGCCAGGACAUCAAAGACAAGGGUUACUACUAUGCCACGUUCAGCGACAUCACCGUUGAGUGCUACGAUGCCCCGAAUGGCACUGUUUCGAACGGAAACAAGUCGUACAUGUUCACCAACAAGGACGGGCUACAGCAAUCGGUUCAGAUCACCAACAAUGACACCGUGCUUGCCUCUUUUGGCGCCACUGGUCUCGACAUGGAUCUCGGUGCCAGCGACUCCAGCAGUUCUGGAACUAACGGCACGGUUCCCGAGAACCAGGGAGGUUCAGGAAACGUCCCAGGCAGCAGCAGCAGCAGCAGCAGCACCACUAGUGGCAGCUCAAGUACCUCUUCUGGAUUCAGCCAGGGCAGUAGCACCGACACGAGCGGUGCCCCCUCCCAGAAUGAGCGAGUCAUGAGAGGCUCAUUCUUUGCUGCCUUGGUCGCAGUUGUCGUUCUGGUCGCUCUCUAA